CUCAAUCAAUUUUUUAUAAUUUUCUUCGCUGUAAAUUUGAAUGGCCAGCUCGAAUUGGAUCGUUUACAAUAGUCUUGCAUUUCAAUGAGUAAUUAAAAUUUGCCGCUGGUAGUAGUGUUGACAACUCUAAAUUAUCGGUGUUUUUAAUUCUUUCGGAAGAAGAAGAAAAACGCACAUUUUUUGUACCCAACCAGCAAACAAAUCAAAUACAAUAGUACCGAAAAUAUCAAAAGCCAACCAUCAUAUUAUAUCCAACACAAUGCCACAGACGCCAAAACAAACAAAUCUGUCGGAACCAGAACAGCCUGAAGAAGAACCCGCUUCCCAACCGUCAACAUCUCAAGCCAGCUCGGAUCGCAGAAACUUGGUCACCUUUACAACGGAAGCAUAUCGCAAUGUAGUAGCUGCUACACGCUGCUGUAAUGCAUUUCCACAGGGUGCAGCCCGUUCGAUUUAUCUCAGUUAUCCAGGGUAUGCACGUAUGUUGGAGGAGCAGUCGCAGCGAGUGCUGGGAUUGAUUAACAAGGUCUUAAAGACGGAAAAUAUAUCAGGUGACAUAAAAAGGCGUCAAGGCGAUGAACAGCUGGAAAUGGUGCAGGAAUUUAAUGAUAUCCUAUUCGAACGUAUCACUACAAAUUUAGACAUUAGAAGCGGUCUUAGACGAGGCAACCAGCCCAUGGUUGUCGAAACCCAGGUCGAUGUACAAUCUACAUCGAGUGCCGCAAAAUCAGCGACCAUAACAAAAGAAUCGCCACGUGCUGGUAGCUGGAAUCGCUACAGCACAACUCCUGGCACUCCAGCGCGCAACAUGGUCUCUGCACGAUUGUAUACGGCACACAAUAUAAUGCGUCCGCAAAUACAGUUUAAGGUGCCGGUGGACAAUAGCUCUCAGAAUCCUUUUCGACCGCGUCUUACGGAGAAGCCUAAUUCGCUGAAGCCCUUGGCAUUGCUGCCCGAAUACGAUGAUGCUGGUAACGUAGUGUCUUACCUACAUCCGUAUGAGUUUGAGCUGUUGAAAUUUGAGCCGCCCAAUGAGCAAUUGCAAAUGCAAAAGCCCCUCUUGCCGGCCCCACCAGCUGAAACUGAACUGAUGGUAGUAGACAAUGUGGAGGCACUGCAAGAGGCACUAAAGGAGCUGCGCCAAGCGCCUCAAAUAGCCAUCGAUGUGGAGCAUCAUUCGUAUCGCACGUUUAUGGGCAUCACUUGCCUCGUGCAAAUGUCAACACGCACGAAAGACUAUAUAUUCGACACGCUGACGUUGCGCGAAGACAUGCACAUACUAAAUCUAGUGCUCACCGAUCCCAAGGUGCUUAAGAUAUUGCAUGGCGCUGAUCUCGAUAUUGAAUGGCUGCAACGCGAUCUAUCUCUAUACAUCGUUAAUAUGUUCGAUACACAUCGCGCUGCCAAAGCCUUAAACAUGGCACGACUUUCGUUAGCAUUUUUACUGAAGCAUUACCUCGAUCUGGAUGUGGAUAAGAGCUUGCAAUUGGCAGACUGGCGCAUGCGUCCACUGCCACAAAAACUAAUUGACUAUGCACGCCAGGACACACACUAUCUCAUCUAUGUUUACGAGCGUCUCACGAACGAUUUGUUGCAAUCCGAGCAAGGUCAGCUACAGGGCUUGCGUAUGGUUUACCAAAUGAGCACAGACGUUUGCAAGAAGCGCUACACAAAGCCGCACAUUGGACCGGAUUCACAUCUGGAUCUAGUGCGUAAAACGAAGCGCUCCUUUGACAAUCGCCAGCUACAUGCACUGCGCGGUAUCUUUGUGUGGCGCGAUGCUACCGCUCGUCAGGAAGACGAAAGCUAUGGUUAUGUUCUGCCCAAUCAUAUGAUGUUACAAAUUGCAGAAAGUUUGCCUCGUGAAAUGCAAGGUAUAUUGGCCUGUUGCAAUCCUAUUCCUCCUUUGGUACGCCAGCAGCUCAACACGUUGCAUCAAAUUGUGCUACGGGCGCGUGAACAACCUUUAAUCAAACCCAUAUUAGAAGCACGUCACAUUGUUCCCAUACACUUAUUGCCGAGCACUAAAGACUUCAAUAGCAAACUGAAUUGCCCACUUGACUUUUCGCAUCAAGAGGAGAUACGCGAUGAUUUACCCACACUGCUAAGUCGCAACCCUACGGGCAAAUUGGAGCAUCCAAGCAAACCGAAACUUGAGGUACCUUCGGCAUCCUUAAUUGCACCUGCUCUAUCAUUAUUAGAAAGGCCAGCGACACCCACACAGGACGAGCAGGUGCGUUGGAUGCGCGCCCGGCAGGAGAGUAAAACAAUGCGCAUGCCCUAUAAGCGCUACAUGGCUAUUUUGCCGCUCAUGCAGCAGCAGAAGAAUGAGCAGACUGCACAACAAAAUAAUGAGCAGCUCACGCGACGUCUUUGCCCCGCCGAGCCCGUGCCGCCGACCGAAUUGCAAAUUGAACCAAAGGUGGAAGAGGAUUCUGUAUACAAUAUUCCACUGAAGGAACAACUAAAACGUAAACAUCAGCCCACAAGUGAUCAAUCCACGCUGGCGAAACGCAAUAAAAGUGAGGAGAUGCCAAGUGCGUCCACAUCCGGGGCAUUAAUUAAUCUGACACAACAAAACAAAAUAGAGGUAGACCAUAAUGAUGACGACGACGAUGAAGUGGUUGAAGUGCCCAUCGAGAAAGGUCCCAUUGAGAUUCCGACACCUAUGCUCAGCAAGCGCCAGCAGAAACGCCAGGAGAAAAAUAACCGAUUCAAGGCCAAGGCACGAAUGCAAGCACAAAGCUCCAAUAGAGCUGUACAAUUGCCCUCCAAUAGCGGAGUGGUACAAAACUUUGACUAUAAAAACGUAGACUUCCGACAAUUUCAAGGCGGCGCUAAACGCGCACAGGGCACAGAAAUCAAGUCACAAAUACGCGGCAAGAAUCGACCAAACAAUCGGAACAAUAAGCAGUUUAAUAAACUGUUUACUUUCAGCAAAAUUAAUAAAGAGAGAAAGAAGUAAAUGAGAAAAAAAAUCUGGAAAAAUUCGACCCGAUCAACAGACCGACAUAUGUAGUCAUUGAAACUGCAUUCAGAAUAUUUAGUUUUGUUUUCUUUCAGUUUGUAUUCUGUUUAAACUAGGCAACAAUCUUAACUUUAAAUAAAACUAAUAGUAGUUACAAAUGGAUUGUAACAUUAAAUUUAA